AUGGGUCGUCGAGUCAUCUCCGGCGGCUGUCACCCGGCAGAGCGAAAAAACGGCGACUUUGCGGCUCUCCAGCGGCUGUCACCCGACGGAAAGGAGCUGGAUGGAGGUGGGGCACGUGUCAGGGAGCUUCAUCCUUAGGUCCGCGCAGCAAGAGGAGGCUCUUCAUCGCAUCUGGUACGCUCUCAAGAGGUGAUGACUCGUCUCCCGGCGGAUCGUCCUCUUCCCGACGACGGCUUGUUCGUCGAUCAAUCGGAGAUCAUUUACUCGAUGGAUUUGUGAUCCUUUUAUCACGAAUCGUUCAGAAAUUUUAGUAGCAAUGCUCUGCGAAUCGCAUUGAUGAGAUUUUCGUCGAUGAUCCAGCGAUUCUCGUUGCUUAAUCCUUCACCGGCGAUCUACAGGAAAGUCGCGAUAAUCAGAUAAAAAUAUAUGACUUUUGACUCUGGAAGGACUCGAACCCGCGCCGGUCGCCCGCCUCUUCUGAGGAAGGUGUGACACGGGUUUAGUCCCACAUCGGUUGUGCACCGAUUUUUCGGGCGAAUAUAUAGUAAUGUUAGCUUUCUAAGCAAAGUUCCUUCUCUCGCGUGUACGACCACUUCUUGCCCCACAGCCGGCUGGCCACCAGUGAUGUGGAAGGGGAGUGGCGCACACGAGCCCCUAUCGGUCCAAGCCGCUUGAGCCCCUACUCGCGGCUACUCCUCGACUGAGCUUUCGACCCGCUUGCGGGCCCGGUUGGCCGGCGGGUCCCCCUCAUUUUGUCUUAUUUUUUUUUUAUUUCUUUUUCUUCAUUUAUCUCAAAAGCAAAACUAUAAAAAUCAUAUAAAUUCAUGUGAAAUCACAUAAUUACCUAAAAAUUCACAUUAAUCAACUGAAAACCACUUUUCACACUUUAACACAAAUAUAAGUCUAUUUAUCAUGAGUUAAGGCUAAAACUAUAUUAUUUACUAAUUAUUAACUCAUGAUAAUGAAGACUUAUCAUCCCCCCUUUUCUAUCUUUUUAUUUUAUUUUAUUUUAUUUUAUUUAUCUUAAAAAUAAGAUUAUAAAAAUUAUAUAAAUUCACAUAAAAUCACAUAAUUAGCCAAAAAAAUCAUAUUAAUCAACUAAAAACUACUUUUUCACAAUUUAACAUAAAUAUAACUCUAUUUAUCAUGAUUUAAGGCUAAAACCAUAUUAUUUAUUCAUUAUUAACUCAUGAUAAUAAAGACUUAUCACUUAUAAGAUAAAGUAUGACCUCUAUUGGCUUGAUUGAACUCCAAAGCUCUCAUUGUUUUGGUUAAGCGGUCAAAUCAGGCUCUUGGUGAUUAUUUUAAACCAUAUAAUACAUUCUUAAGUCUACAUAAUUUUAGAGUAUAAUUUGGGUCUUUAUAACCCUAGUAGAAGAUCUAUACAUAUUUCUUCUGAAAUUUCUCUAUACAAUAGUAUCUUUUUCACAUCAAAUUGUAAUAAGGACCAUCCAUAAUGCACAACUAAGUGUAUUAAUAUUUGAAUUAUUCCCAUCUUCACAACUAGAGCAAAGGUCUCCAUAUAAUAAAUAUCAUAACAUUGAGUGAAGCCUUUUGCUACCAGCCAAGCUUUAAAACACUCAAUAGUCUAGUUAGAUUUAUACUUAAUAGUAUAUACCCAACUACAACUCAUAGUUUUCUUCCCUUUAAGAAGCAACACGAGUUCCCAAAUUUGAUUCUUCAUACAGCUAGCAUAUCUUCAUCCAUUAAUUUUUUCCAUAGGGGGCUUCCUAAAGCUUCAUUAGUGUUUUGAGGAGUAUCGUGUUUAUCAAUAGCUGACAACAAUGACCUGUAUUGCAGAGAUAGGCAAUGAUAGGAUACAUAAUUGCAGGAUGGAUAUACUUUUUUCUUUGUAGAUUUUUUAGUUCCUUUGCAAAGAGCAAUACAAUAGAUUUUAUCUCCCUAAGUAAUAUGAAGGUUCUAUUUAUGGGCAUCUAUUAGUGAUCUAUCACAUUCAAUAACAAAAUCAUGGGCAUCUACAACAUUAGGUAGACCCUAUUCAUGGACAUCUAUUGCUUCAAUUAGAUCCUAUUUAUGGGCAUCUACUACAUCACAUAAAUCAUGCUCAUGGUUCCUUUUGAUUGUCUUUGACUUUCUUUGAUAAUAAUUUUGACCAAAUCCAUUUGAUAGAGUUGGAGGUACAGGUAUUGUUUUAAAAGCUUCAUUCUUCUUGAGAAUCUCAAUUGUAAAUCAUAUUUUUCUAGCAUAAGAAUAUCACAACUAGAUAUUUGAGUUAUUAUCGGCUGGAAAUAUAUGCUACUUUCAUCAAAUGUGACAUUAAUUGUUAUAAUAUUUUUUCAAAUCUUGGGUCACAAAAUUUAUACUCUUUCUAUGUAUUGGAGUAGUCCACAAAGACUGCCUUCAUGGCUCUAGGAGUAACUUUAGACAGAUCAUUUUGAGAUUGGUGGAUGUAUACAAUACUCCCAAACACUCAAAGAGGUAAAUCUAGUUCAUAUUGCACAGUCGGAUAAUGACCCUACAAUAAGGCUUUCAGGGUCUUAAAUAAUAAUACUUCUAAUGAGAGACAAUUAACAAGAUGAGUAGUUGUUAGUACUACCUCACUCUAUUAGUACUUCAGCACUUGGGCUUUAAACAUGAUAGCCCUUGUUAUUUCUAACAAUUAUCCAACCUUUCAUUUACUACCCCAUUUUGCUGGAGUGUAUAAGGGCAAGAAGAUUCAUGAAUAAUGCCCUUCUCAACAAAAAAAUUGGAGACAAUAGAAUUGAAGAAAUUCUUAGCAUUAUUUGAUUAGAAUUUCCUAAGGGUUAUGCUGAACUGAUUUUGAAUUAGCUUGAUGAAACUUUUGAAUAAUACUAGUGGCUUUUGAUUUUAUUUUCAUUAUGUAAAUCCAUGUGGACCUAGUACAAUCAUCUACAAAGAUGAUAAACCAUCUGAAGUCCCUAACAAUCAUCUAUAUCAGAAUGUAUUUUGCAAAAAGGGGAUUCACUUGUAUUUCCAACAGAGGGGAAAUGAAAUUUAUCACUAUGGCAUUUGACAAGGUUAACAUAUGAAAGUAAAUUCACCAAUUGCAUGACAUAGUUUUGAAAACAAGUAUCAAAGUACUUUUAUGGAUGGAUGUCUUAAACAACAAUGCAAUAACAACAAUUUCUUCAAGAGAGGAGUAGAAGCAAAAGUGAAAAUGUUUGGAUAAGAAUUCAUCAACAAUGUCUUGUCCAUAUGCCCUGUUAUUAGAGUCAAUCCCAUGCUCUAACAUGCAUAGUCCUCCUGCCCAAGGUCUUGUCAUUGAAAAAACACAAAUCAUCAUCAAAUAAUAUCAAACAAUUCACAUCUUUACUCAAUUUUCUCAAUGACAAUAGAUGUGCAUUCAAUCUUGGAGCAUGAAGAACAUAUCUUAAUAACCCCAAUUUAUCAAGACAAAUUGAUUUAAUGCAAGCUAUAGAUAAUGUUUGAUAGUGGUAUUGAAAUCUCAGCCCAUUAGGGCUUAUUAUCUAUCUCUCUCUCUCAUCUCUCCUCUCUCCUAUAUAGGAGUCAUGUAUUCUAUCUUUUGAGACUACAUAGAUUCCAAGGUUUUUCUCUCUCUUGUCAACAUGGUAUCACAACCCUAGAUAUCCCUCGUUGUCCUCCUCCUCUUUGGUGUGCCGCCCAUCUCCAGCAUGCCGCUCUCCUCCUCACUGUCCUCUUCCCUCCUCAGGCGGCUCUUUAGUGUCGCCACACUUUCCUCUUCCGGUGUCAUCGUCUCUACCAUCGCUCUCCUUCUCUUUCUAACAUCGUCAUCUCUACUAUCGCUCUUGUUCUCCUUUCAGCACCGCCCUCCUUGCCACCAUCACCCCUCACCAGUGCCAUUGCUCUCCUCCUCUUCUCCGACAUCUCCACCAUCGCCAUCGUCGUCAAGGCCCCUCCUUGCUGCCACGCCCUCAUUGUUGCGCCAUUAUGGGCGCCAUUGUUCUCACAUGCCGAGGGCGUCACCAUUGCCGUCAAGGUCCCUCCUUGUCGUCGUGUCCUUGCCUUCACGCCCUUGUCAUUGCUCCCUUGCUGUCAUGCCCCAGCCCUCGCCCUCGCCGUCACACCCUAGCCGUCGCCAUCGCCGUUGCCGUCGUGCCCCAGCCCUCACUAUCACUAUCAUGCCCCAGCCCUCACCAUCAUCAUUGCGCCUCAGCCCUUGCCGUCACCGUCACGGGCGACAUCACUGUCUGGCUGUGACAGCUAGGGUUUCACCCAUCUCUUGAUGAGCCAGCCGGUAGUUUUCUUCUGGGCCGGCCCACUUGAGACUGGCCCAGCCAGACCCGCCGGCCCCGUGUGGAUCUAUAGGCCUAGCUUGGCCUGGUUGGCCCUAGCUGGCUGACGUGACUUAGUCGUUGUAUAUUAAAUCACGCAAAUCUAAAAUUUAUAAAAUUAGAAAAUAUGAAUUUUUAGAUAUUUAGAAGUAUUCCUGAAUAAAUAUAUCAAUUAUAAUUCCAUAAAAGUUCCAAAAAUAGCGGUAAUUUUCCAAGUCGAUCACAGGGAUGUAAUAUAAUAUCUGGUAAUUAUUCAGAAUUUUUUUCAAAGAAUACUAUUUUCUAUGAAUUUUAUACUAAGAAAUGAAAAGGAAAUGUAUUUUAAAUUCACAAAAAAAGGAAAUAAUGGUGCGGACGUCAGGAUGAUGUUAGCGCCUAGCAAACGCGAAUCGGAUAGAAACAGAGUUCCACCCGGCAAUUCUUACGUAAGUGAUUACAGACGAUUUCAUUAAUCAAAUUAAGAUCUGUAAAAGCCAGAAGAAUUGUAAUAGAACAAACUAUAUUUUGGUAAAUUAAAAUCACAAAAAGUAUCACUAAAUAAAGCGUAAAGUAAGUUAAAAGGAAGAAAAUAGAGUUCCAGCGUCGCGACGGCGAUGUGUCGGCGAUGCAUCGGAAUUCUGAGUGUUCGGGAGGAUCGUCGUGCAGUGUCCACGGCCUCGAAGGCUCUCCUUGGACAAGGACGACGUGGGCAAUCUCUGGAUCUUCUCGCAAAGUCUAGAGAUUAAUGAAAUGGGUCCUCGAGUUGUCUCCGGCGGCUGUCACCCGGCGGAGUGGAAAAACGGCGACUUUGCAGCUCUUCAGCAGUUGUCACCCGACGGAGAGGAGCUGGAUGGAGGUGGGGCGCGUGUCAGGGAGCUUCAUCUUCAGGUCCGCGCAGCAAGAGGAAGCUCUUCAUCGCAUCUGGUACGCUCUUAGGAGGUGGUGACUCAUCUCCCGGCGGAUCGUCCUCUUCCCGACGACAGCUUGUUUGUCGAUCAAUCGGAGAUCAUUUACUCGAUGGAUUCGCGAUCCUUUUAUCGCGAAUCCUUCAGCAAUUUUAGUAGCAAUGCUUCGCAAAUCGCAUUGACGAGAUUUUCACCGAUGAUCCAGCGAUUCUCGUUGCUUAAUCCUUCACCGGUGAUCUGCAGGAAAGUCACGAUAAUCAGAUAAAAAUAUAUGACUUUUGACUCUGGAAGGACUUGAACCCGCGCCGGUCGCCUGCCUCUUCUGAGGAAGGUGUGACGCGGGUUUAGUCCCACAUCGGUUGUGCACCGAUUUUUCGGGCAAAUAUAUAGUAAUGUUAGCUUUCUAAGCAAAGUCCCUUCUCUCGCGUGUACGACCACUCCUUGCCCCACAGCUGGCUGGCCAUCGGUGACGUGGAAGGGGAGUGGUGCACACGAGCCCCUAUCGGUCCAAGCCGCUCGAGCCCCUGCUCGCAGCUACUCCCUGACUGAGCUUCCGACCCACUUGCGGGCCUAGCUGGCCGGCGGGUCCCCCCAUUUUGCAAUAUUUUAGUUUUAUUUCUUUUUCUUCAUUUAUCUCAAAAGUAAAAUUGUAAAAAUCAUAUAAAUUCGUAUAAAAUCACAUAAUUACCCAAAAAAUCACAUUAAUCAAUUGAAAACCACUUUUCACACUUUAACACAAAUAUAAGUCUAUUUAUCAUGAGUUAAGGCUAAAACUAUAUUAUUUACUAAUUAUUAACUCAUGAUAAUGAAGACUUAUCACUAGCCUCAGCUAGCUCUACCUACCCUUCCAAAACGACUUGUCAGGCCCUAACCUGCUCACCCCACCACCUAUCCCUCCAACCCAGACCCACUAGCCUCAUGGCGUCCUUUCAUCCCCCUCCGUCUCCUACCUCUAAGCCCUCUGAGCUUCUUCUAGCUGAUGUUCCCCCUUCUCCAGUGGUUCCUUUGGUUCGCCACUCCAUCAUGGCGCAACUUACUCAACCAGCAUACAUCUUCAACGGCUGUAAUUAUGUGUCAUGGGUAUCUGGCUUUGAGUUUUUCCUCAAAUCUCAUACUCUCCUCCAUCACUUCUCGGAGGACCCACCCGGCCUUCAGGACCCCUCAUAUACGACAUGAUCGCAACUCGAGUUGGCUGUCAUCACAUGGAUGCUUAAGCAACGAGAUCCCCACUAUUAUUUUCUCUUAUCACCCUACCUUGACCCAUCUCCCUAUCAUCAUUGUCAAUGGUCGGACCUAUCUGGUCAAAGGUCAUGGUGCCACCUCGGCUUCUCCCUCCCUUCACCUUAUUCAAGUUCUCUUCGUUCUUAGUUUUCUUACUAACCUUCUUUUCAUUAGUGCUAUUACCCAUAUCCUCCUUUGUAUAGUCACAUUAUUUCCCUUUCAUUGUACUUUUCAAGAUCUGCAUAUCGGACAGAGGAUUGGUUUGGGUUGUGAAAAUGGGUAGGGUGUCUACGAACUCAUUUUUUAUGAACUCUCAUCUGGCCUUCGGACCCUCUUUGUUGCUUCUAUGGCCACUUCUUCUCUUUUGUGGCAUCACCGUUUAAGCUAUUCUUGUUUCUCUAAAUUAUAAAAAAAAUUACCAUGGUUUUCUCUCUCUAAGUUUAUAUGUGAGUAUUGUUAGUUGGGCAAAUAUCACCGUGCUUCUUAUCUUAGUCGUGAUGGCAUCCUGAUAAGUCUUCAUUAUCAUGAGUUAAUAAUUAGUAAAUAAUAUAGUUUUAGCCUUAACUCAUGAUAAAUAGACUUAUAUUUGUGUUAAAGCAUGAAAAGUGGUUUUCAGUUGAUUAACGUGAAUUUUUGGGUAAUUAUGUGAUUUUAUACGAUUUUUACAGUCUUAGUUUUGAGAUAAAUGAAGAACAAGAAAUAAAAAUAAAAAUAUUGCAAAAUGGGGGGACCCGCCGGCCAGCCGGGCCCGCAAGCGGGUCGGAAGCGCAGUCGGGGAGUAGCCGCGAGCAGGGGCUCGAGCGGCUUGCUUGGAUCGAUAGGGGCACGUGUGCGCCACUCCCCUUCCACGUCACCGGUGGCCAGCCGGCUGUGGGGCAAGGAGUGGUCGUACACGCGAGAGGACUUUGCCUAGAAAGCUAACUUUACUAUAUAUUCGCCCGAAUAAUCCGCGCACAACUGAUGUGGGACUAAACCCGCGUCACACCUUGCUCAGGGGCGGGCGACCGCCGCGGGUUCGAAUCCUCCCAGAGUCAAAAUUCAUAUAUUUUUAACUGAUUAUCGCGACUUUCCUGCAGAUCGCCGGUGAAGGAUUAAGCAACCGGAAUCGCUGGAUCAUCGGCGAAAAUCUCGUCAACGCGAUUCGCAGAGCAUUGCUACUAAAAUUGCUGAACGAUUCGCGAUAAAAGGAUCGCAAUCCAUCGAGUAAAUCAUCUCCGAUUGAUCGACGAACAAGCCGUCGUCGGGAAGAGGACGAUCCGCCGGGAGACGAGUCGCCACCUCUUGAGAGCGUACCAGAUGCGAUGAAGAGCCUCCCCUUGCUGCGCGGACCUGAGGAUGAAGCUCCCUGACACGCGCCCCACCUCCAUCCAGCUCCUCUCCGUCGGGUGACAGCCGCCGGAGAGCCGCAAAGUCGCUGUUUUUCCGCUCCGCCGGGUGACAGCCGCCAGAGACGACUCGACGACCCACUUCAUUGAUCUCUAGACUUUGUGAGAAGAUCUAGAGAUUGCCCACGUCGUCUUUGUCCAAGGAGAGCCUUCGAGGCCGUGGACACUGCACGACGAUCCUCUCGAACGCUCAGGAUUCCGGUGCAUCGCCGACGCAUCGCCGUCGCGACGCCGGAACUCUGGUUUCCUGCUUUCAAUUUAAUUUACACUUUAUUUAGUGAUACUUUGUGUGAUUUUAAUUUACCAAACUAUACUUCGUUCAAUUACGAUUCUUCCGGCUUUUACAGAUCUUAAUUUGAUUAAUUAAAUCGUCUGUAAUCGCUUACGUAAGAAUCGCCGGGCGGAACUCUGUUUCCGCCCGAUUCGCGUUCGCCGGGCGCUGACGUCAUCCUGUCGUCUGCACCCUUAUUUCCUCUUUUUUUUUCGUGAAUUUUAAAUAUAUUUCCUUUUCAUUUCCUAGUAUAAAAUUCAUAGAAAAUCGUAUUCAUUGAGAAAAACUCUGAAUAAUUACAAAAUAUUAUAUUACAUCCCUGUGAUCGACUUAGGAAAUUACCGCUAUUUUUGGAACUUUUAUUGAAUUAUAAUUGAUAUAUUUAUUUAUAAAUACUUCUAAAUAUCCGGAAAUUCGUAUUUUCUAGUUUUAUAAAUUUUAGAUUUGCGUGAUUUAAUAUACAACGACUGAGUCACGUCACAUCUCAUCUUCUACUUCCUUUAACCUUCUCCAUUGCAAUGUAUGAAAUUUAUCUCGUACUUCUUCCAUUUUAAACCAUCACUAUUACAUUAUUUUUGUUGAUGAUUACACUCUUGUGAGUUAGGUCUACCUCCUCCGCGACCACUUUGAGGUCAUCACCGUGGUUACCCACUUCAUCACCAAAGUUAUCACCCAAUACACGACUACACCAAAGAUUCUUCGUAUUGAUAAUGCACUUGAGUUUGUCCAAGCAUCUUUUUGCACCUUUUGCGCUGAUCAUGACAUCCUCCACUAGACCACCUAUCCUCACACUUCACAAUAGAAUGGUGUUACCUUACCUCCAGAAUCGACUUCCCUUCGCUCCUCUUAGGAGAGCAUUCCUCUCCAUCGCUUAAUCCCUAAUUCUCCUCUUUUUUCUCUUCCUUCUCAGAUCUUUAGGUGCACCGCCUUCGUCUAGGAUUCAUUUCCUUCUCUUUCUAAACUCAUCCCUUAUGCUAUUAAAAAGGUCUUUGUCAACUACUCUCGCAUGCAAAAGGGCUAUCGAGUCUACUUCCCCAAUAUCUAUCAUUAUCUGAUCUCGACCGACGUCACUUUCCAUGAGUCUCAUUUCUUCUUCCUUAUUUUGACUCCUCUUUGAGCCGCUAUGUCUCCUCCACCUAGGUUCCCUCCCUUGGUGGUUCUUGCAGACCCUCCCUCUUCUCUUCCCUCCUAUCAACUCUUUUUGGAGUCAUUAUUUGCACCCGCCUCUCUUCGGCCUGUCUCCCAUGAUUUCUUCUGCUCUAGAUGCAGUAUCCUCCUCUUCCUCUCCUACGAUCCCUUCCAUGCCUUUGGUCACUGCUCCACUUGAUGACCUUCAUCUCCCUAUUACCCUCCAAAAGGUACACACGUUUGCACCCACCAUCUCAUCUCCCAAUUUAUUUCCUAUGACCACAUUUCACAGUCGUAUGACCACAAUCUCAUCUCCUCUUUUUGUGUCUUUGCCCUCUCAUGGCCACCUAGUCACUUCCACAGUCGUAUGUUGAGGAUGCACAAUAACUUGUGUGGAAGGUGGCCAUAGAUUUAGAGGUAGCUGCAUUGGUCGCUCAGGAGACUUGGGAUUUGAUUUCACACUCGACUGAUACCAAUAUUGUGACAUGCAAGUGGGCAUUUACCAUCAAUUAUUACUCAGAUGGCUCCAUUGCUCAUCACAAAGUUCGUCUGAUUGCUUAGGGCUUCAUGUAGGCAUAUAGGAUCGACUACACUAAGAUGUUCUCUCCUAUCGUCUACCUCAACUCUAUCCGCGUGCACCUCUCUCUUGCCGUCAAUCAGGUAUGGUAUCUCCAUCAAUUAGAUGUUUCUAAUGUCUUUCUCUACAAUGACCUCACAUAGCAUGUCUUCAUGGAGCAACCUCCUGAGUAUGUUGUUCAUGGGGAGUCACCAAAGGUGUGUCUCUUGCUGCGUGUCAUUUAUGUGCUCAAGCAUAUAGUCCACACACUUGGUUUGUCAAGUUUAGUUGUUUUGCUCACCACCUUUGGCUUCACCUUCUGCACUACAUACCUAAUCAUGCUCACGAAGAAAAUAGAGGGCGGCCUUAUCAUCCUUACAGUCUAUGUUAAUGAUAUUCUUGUGACUAGAAGUGAUGAGGUGACGUCUCUACUAUCAAAACUUACUUGCAACAAUGCCUCAAUAUUCGUGACUUGAGGACUCCACGAUAUUUCCUUGGGAUUAAGUUUGCAUAUCAAGACGGGAAGCUCAUCCUCACUCAAUGGAAGUAUGUUGUCAACAUGCUUCAAGAGAUAGGCCUUCUUAGGUGCAAGUCGAAGACUUUGCCUAUUGAAGCUCGCCCAUAAUUCUAGGAUACUUCAUCUCCCUUACUUGAGGAUGUUAACCAAUAUUGGCGAUUGUUGGACAAGUUGAUAUAUCUCACCGUCACUUGUCCUGACGUUGUAUACACGAUUAGUGUCUUGAGCUAGCUCAUGCAGGAGCCUCGACGAAUUCAUUGGGAAGGAGCUCUACGAGUCUUCACAUACAUCAAGUGAUCGUUAGGGAAAGGGCUCAUCUAUCGAUGACACGAUCAUCUCUACAUUGUAGCCUACUCUAACGCCAAGUAUACAGAUGACAAAGGCUACCAAAAGUCUACUACAAGUUAUUGCACAUACGUCAGGGGUAACCUAGUCAACUGGCAGUCCUAGAAAUAGAGGGUGAUGUCCUGCUUCAAUGUGGAAUCUAAGUAUCAAGUCAUGGUUGGACAACGUAGAAAAUGAUAUGGCUUUGAUCACUUCUCGACAAUCUCGGCAUUACUUCUCCCUCUCCAAUACUCAUGUAUUGUGACAAUCAAGUCGCUAUCUUCAUUGCUGGCAAUCUCACUUUUCAUGAGCAUACAAAACACAUUGAGAUAGAUUGUCACUACAUUCAAGAUAAGAUUAUGUCUAGACUUAUCUUUACUCUUCAUGUGACAUCAUCUCAUCAGUUUACAGAUGUCUUCACGGAGAGUCUUGUCGGCAUCUCUUACGACACCACGUAUACCAAGUUGGACAUGUUAACUUAUAGGCUUCAACUUAAGGGAGAGUGUUCGAUAGUAGUAUCGGACUCUCAACCCAUUAUGACCCAUUAUUUAUCUCUCUCUCAUCUCUUCUCUCUCCUAUAUAAGAGUUAUGUAUUCUAUCUUUUGAGAUUACAUGAACUCCAGGGUUUUCCUCUUUUGUCAAUAGGUAAUAAAUCUCUACUUGCAGUAAUAACCUUCCAAUUAUUGAUACAUACCUCAUAUGUUAUAAAUAGUGAUGUAUAUAGUGUCAUAUGAUUAGUAGGUCCAAAAUCAAUGAUCUAAGACACUUUUUGGGGUGAAGGUGAUGCCAAUGAUGAUGUAUUUAGGUAUAAUGGAAAACAUUUAGGAAAAUACUUACUAGCAUGUGUGAGGGAAGUGGAACUGAUUAUGCUCAUCAACUAUUUGAUUUCUUCUCUAAGUUUUCUAAUCUACAAAGGUUGAGAGAAAGUAGUUCCGUCUUGACUAACUCCUCCUUGUAUCAUGGGCUCAACACCAUCUUCAUUUUGAGCAUUAGCCAAAUGCAAUUUAUCAUAAUAUAGUGGUUUGUCACCCUUUUUUUAAAUCCAAAGGUAUCUUUAUUCUUGAGAGCUCUAAAUACCAUAUCUUUUGUCUUUAAAUCAUUCCUCAAAUUUCUAGUUUUUUCUUUUUGUCUAGCUAAUGUAAUUGCCUCUUCAAUAUUUGGUACUACUUCUCGAGCAAGGAUUUGAUUUACUAUAGUCUCAUAGUCUAAAUUUAGCCCCAUCAGAAACUUAUACAACCUGUCUUUCAUGAUAUAAUUUCUUUCUUGAAUAUCACGGUUCUUGAUUGGUCUAUAAUGGUCAAUUUCUCUCUAGAUGGACACCAAUUUACAAGCAUAUUCUAGAAUCGUCAAUGUUCCCUAUACCAAAGUUAGAUAUGUCUAUACUAAUCUAUAAAUUUGGGAUUUAUCAUGUUUAGUAGAGUGAACACAACAAACUUUGUCUCAUAAUUCCUUCAUAGAUUUCAGAAAAAGGAAUCUAUCACUCAUCUUUAGUGAAAUAUUGUCCAGCAUCCAAUAUUGAAUCAGUGCUUCUUCUUCUUUCUACCAAAAAUAUCCUGGGUUGUAAAUACUUUGCGAGGAUUGUGUUAAGUAAUGAUCCAGAUUCUUUCCAUGUAGAAUAAGUUCCACAUACAAUGUCCAUUGGAACAAAUUGAUUCCAUCAAAUCAAAAUCUCUUAACAAUUUUAAGCAGGUAUUAACAUACCUUAAUUACUUCAAAUGAAUGUCUUGGGCUAGAGGAGGAAGAUUCACUAACCUUUGUCUCCAUGUUUUGCAGUUGUGACCAAAUAGCCGAAAAAAUCUCAAAUAGAGAUUCCUUGAUGUGGUAUGAAUAACAAUUAUGGUCAAGAAAUUGAGGAUGAUAGCCACCAUCAAGAAAUGGCAAUGAUGUAUUUGUAGACGUCCACCACCAUCAAGAAAUGGCGAUGGUGUAUUCGUAGACAUCUGCCACAAUCAACUAACGAUGAUGUAGUGACUCUCCAAGGAAUCCACUAGUCUACUUACGACCAAGAAACCUCAUGAUUUUAGGUACCAUAGAUAGGAAGAAGAUCACUAGGUGACACUACCUAUAGUGUAGAGUCGUCGUCGCCACCAAGGUUGGUUGAUCUUCCAUCGGCGAUCUUCAUGUAGGAUCAAAGACAAAGCUCUGAUACCAUGUUAUGAGAUACAACAGAAGUAGGAAAAAGGAAAAACUCACUUAGCCCUUCUCAAGGCAGUACGCCAAUAUUUAUAUUGGCAUCUAAUAAACCUUUUCGAUAUUAUGGAAAGGUCUAAUAAUGGAAACACAAAAAAGGGAAGCACAUAUAAUAAGAGGACAAAAAGAAAAAUAGAAGGAAAGCCUAAUAUAGAAGACUUGUUAUACUUAAUAGAGCCUUUGCCGAUAGACCAGGGUGGGUAUUUAAUUCUCAUAAAUAAUAUUAUUUUCAUGAUUAUUUGUUUCAUAAUGGCUUUACUAUUGAUUUGCAAAAAAGUUAUUGGGUCAAAACCUAUGAUUGAAUCUGAAUUAAGGAAAGUUUUUUAAAAGAGUUAAUGUCUUUGGACUGAGAUAUUUCAUGUACCUUGGAUUUUCUUAUAUCUUUUAUAAGCAUUUAAUUGAAUAAUCUUAAUAGAUAACACAACAUCUCUUAUUCAUGAUUAGGUUUUAUCUUUUCACUAUAAUUGGGGUGAUUAAUGCAACACUUUGCUUGAAUUAAUGUGGUUCAAUUUGAAAAGAAAUUGUCAAAUCUUUUUCGUUAACUAUUAAAGCCUUUUCACAAUAUAAUAUAGAAAUAUUCCAUGAAUUCAGUGCCAAUUUUAUGUCAUGUCCUACAUAACUUCAUGAGUAAAAAAUGGAAAAACAAAGCUUUUUGCUCUUCUUGGUAUAAAAUAAUUUUUCCUUGUUUUUAAAAAUAAUGAUUUGAUAGAAUUCUUCCAUUAAAAGCAAGAAGUUGUUUUAGAUGAACUUCAUCUACAUGUCACUGAUAUCAAACUAUAAUCUUCAAUGUUGAUUUCUAAACAUAGAAAUCUUAGAAGAAUACGUCUUAUUUGUGGACCAUGGAAAUUCUUCUAUGCAUGAUAACGUCCUCAUGGCUCAAAACUAUAAAGCUAGCCGUUAAAGUGGACAUAGGUGACUCCUGCAUCUUGUCCAAGAGCUUGUCCCUAUAGACCACAUCACCAUGUUGUCAUUUUCCUCUAGUGUAGUCCUUACUUGGGCUGGGAGAAAUCAUAUUAUUCAACAUAAAAUUUAUGAUAAACACAUAUUUUAAUGAUGUAGGAGUUCAAAUUCAUGAUUAUAUCCUGAGAGGAAAAUUUAUAUGCAUAUAUUAUUUUGGAGUAGCUCAUGUGACAACCACGAAUAGUAUUCUAGAUUGAUUUGGCCCACUCAUUUACAAGGAUUAAUUAACUGAACUAUUGGGUCAACAUAGUAAAGCUCAUAAAAGAAGUCACCACGAAAACAUGCUAUGAAAUGCACUAGUCUUUUCUAAGUUUCUCGUUGUCUUCUUUCUAGCCACGAUUCUUGAAAGCUGCGCAACCAUGAAAAAUCUAAUUGGUUGUCACGUACUUGGUGGAGCUAUCCUUAAUUCUUUUGCUUGAGAAAGGCAUUUCAAGAACGACAUUGGUGAAGUUAGACUCGUGAAUAUCAUUCACAUAAAAGCCUCUAUGAAUUACAAUUUGAAGGAUCCAACAUUAAGACUCUAAGUAAUUAACAUCUGACCUCUUCUUGACCAUCCUAUCAUGAAGCUUGAUCAAAACUAUCCUAAGAUCUCAUUUCAACAAUGCUCAUACAGACUACAAAAUUUAAUAACAUUGGUAAAGAGAAUGGAUUAUCUUGAAUUGGAGUAUCCAUCUUGUGACUAGUAUUAAUGAAGCUCUCUUGGUUACGUCAAUCGUACUCUUUUACUAUAAGCAGCCUAGCCAGCAUAUGACUCCUCUUGUCUAAGGUAUUUAUGUUGCCCCCCUCAUUCUUAUGAAGGACCUAGAUAGGAUUAGCACAAAUGGGUACAAAUUCUAUCUAGAAACUUCAAUGUGGAUUAAUCGAGUCUACGCCAUGUGCUUUGACUAUUCGUUCAUUGUCAGUUUUUGAAUUCCUCUAUGAUAUUUUUAGAUAUAGAGACCUUGAGCAUCCAACUAUGACAAGCUGAUUUGACAACCAAUAUUUACUAGGGUUAGCAUGUGUAGCCCAAGAAAAAAGGUUGCAUGAUAACAAAUUAUAUCAAAUAUGAUAUUAUCGAGUCGAAUGUGGCCACUUAGGAAUCAAGUUAGGAAUAUAGUGGUACUGAUGUGACUUAGUCGUUGUAUAAUAAUCACAUAAAUUAAAAUUUAUAAAACUACAAAAUACUAAUUUUUGGAUAUUUAGAAGUAUUUCUGAAUAAAUAUAUCAGUUAUAAUUCAAUAAAAGUUCUAAAAAUAGUAGAAAAUUUUUAGAUCUAUCACAAGGAUGUAAUAUAAUAUUAGGUAAUUUUUCAAAAAUAUUCUCAAAGAAUAAGACUUUUUAUGAAUUUUAGAUUAAAAAAUGAAAAUAAAAUAUAUUUAAAAUUCACAAAAAAGGGAAAUAAGGGUGCAUAUAUCAAGAUGACAUCAGUGCUCGAUGAACACAAAUCUAGUGACAACAAAGUUUCACUCGGUGAAUCUUACAUAAAUGAUUACAGAUGAUUUAAUUCGUCAAAUUAAGAUCUAUAAAAAUUAGAAGAAUUAUAAUUAAAUAAAAAGUAGUUAAGAAAAUUUAAAUCACACAAAUUAUCUCUAAAUGAAGUGCAAAUUAAGUUGAAAGUAAGAAAAAAAAAGAUCCAGCGUCAUGGUAGUGAUGUGUUGACGAUGCACCACAAUUAUGAGCAUUUGAGAGGAUUGUUGUGUCCAUGGCCUCAAAAGCUCUCCUUAGAUAAAGACGACGUGGGCAAUCUCUAGAUUUUCUUGUAAAGUCUAAAGAUCAAUGAAACGAGUCAUCUCUGAUAGUUGUUACCCGACAGAAUGGAAAAACGACGACUUUGCAACUCUCCAAUAACUAUCACGUGAUGGAGAUGAGCUAGAUGGAGGUGGCGUAUAUGUUAGGGAGCUUCAUCCUCAAGUCAUCACAGUAAGAGGAGGCUCUUCAUCACAUCCGGUACACUCUCAAGAGGUGGCAACUCAUCUACUGACAAAUCGUCCUCUUCCCGAUGACGACUUGUUCGUCGAUCAAUUGAAAAUAAUUUACUCGAUAGAUUCACGAUCUUUUUAUCACGAAUCGUUCUACAAUUUUGAUAACAAUGCUUCACGAAUCACGUUGACGAGAUUUUUGCUGAUGAUUGAGUAAUUCUAACAGCUUAAUCCUUCACCGGCAAUCUACAAAAAAGUCACAAUUUAAUCAGAUAAAAAUACGAGUUUUGUCUCUAGUGGAAUUCAAACUCGUGCUGGUCACCCACCUACAUGAGAGAGAUUGAAAUAAGUACUAUAAUACCCUUAUAAAGUGAUCUCAUCAUAGUAUAAUUCUAUUAUAACUAAGUGGUAUUUUUGGUAUUAAAAUAAACAAAAUCAUCCCAGAGAAGGUGUGACAUGGGUUUAAUCCUACAUCGAUUGUACAUCAAAGUUUUAAAUGAAUAUAUAGUAAUAUCAGAUUUAGAAGUAAUGAGUCCCUUUCUCAUAUGUACUACCACUCUUUGCCUCACAACUACUUGACCACUAAUGACGUGGAAGGAGAGUGGUGCACACAUGUCCCCAUCAGUCCACAGUUGCUUGAGCCUCUACUCUCGACUCUGCCUCGACUGUGCUUUCAACCCGCUUGUGGGCUCGGCUAGCCGAUAGGUUCCCCCCUUUUUCAAUCUUUUUAUUUUAUUUUUAUUCAUUUAUCUCAAAAAUAGGGUUAUAAAAAUUAUAUAAUUUUUCAUAAAAUUAUAUAAUUAACCAAAAAUCACAUUAAUCAAUUGAAAACUAUUUUUCAUAAUUUAACAUAAAUAUAAGUCUAUUUAUCAUGAGUUAAGGCUAAAAUUAUAUUAUUUAUUAAUUAUUAGCUCAUGAUAAUGAAGACUUAUCAAGUACUCUUUUUAUGAUAUAAGUAGUUUCAAGAAAGGUCAACUUCUCAUGAAUGAUUUAAGUGACUAAUAGGAGAGAUGGAAAAUUUAUAAUGGUUCAACUCCUCAAGCUUACUUCAUAGUCUAUAUGUAUCUUUUAUAGGUCCCACUCUCAAAAAUCCCUUUAGUUUUUCUCUCAAUAUUUGUUCUAUUUGUAAAUCUUGAAAAUUUUAAGUCAUAAGAAAAUUAUGUAAAAGAUUGAGGGUGUUUUGCAAAAUUGUGUAUGGUUCCUCCCUAUAUGAUGAGGGUUAGAGGUGAAUGAAUCUUGAGGUGAUUUUUACCAUUCUCCCCUUUGUCCUUCAUGACGAGGGUUUUUCUCCAUUUCUGAUAUCAUAUUAGAGUGGUUUUAUUCCCUUAGGAUUUCAUCAGCUAUGUCCGACAUCUAUUAUUUGGGGGAGCACCGCUGCACCAUCAGAGUUUGGUAGUAUUUGACGUCUCCUAUCUUUUGUUAUCGCCUCUAUUUAGUGUAGGUUCUACUUAAUGUUUCUUGUCUAGGGGAGCGUUGAUGCCAACAUAAUUUGCAUCUAGAGACAUAUAGGUUACAGGUUAA